GGAAAGAUUGAUCAAGCUCGGCGACCUGACGUCAUACGAUGCAUGUUCUUCAAACCGUGACAGAAACGUGUUUAAUGCAACUGGAUGACUAAUACGGUAUUGCAGGUCACCGUCUUGACGCACUGUAUACAGUAACGAGUCUGUAUAUUAUUUAAUCAGCUGACAUUUUUAUCAGAAUGGAAGAAAUAAAAACAUCAGCAUUUAUGAGUACAGAAGAAGAGCCUUUAACAUCCCAAUAUAAUUUUGGAAACGAAAAGCCUUUGUUGGAUAUGGAAGGAUUUGAAACCUUAGAAUCAUCUAAGAAUAUUAAUGAAUUAGAUACAGAUCAGAUUAAAAAUCCUAUCGAUGAUACGAUUGGUAACUUCCAAUCUGGAUUAGUUUCAACGACACGCCCUCUUGUUACUAGUAAUGAUGAAGAUAUAACAGAAUCAAGUAAGGGUAUUUCCCCAACUCAGACUACCUCUAAUUUACCUGAUUUUAUAAAUGUUGAUAAGAGCUCAUCAUUGAUAGGUAGUAGUGCCGAUACUAAAGUGGAAGAUUCGUACCGCGAUUCCGUUUCAGAGCUACAACGCAGCAGCGGCGACCGGUUAUUGAUCGACGUAGACGAACAACACGGUGACGACUCCGAGCUCUUAAUAAGUUCUACUAAAGAUCGAGAGAAUACGCCUGUUUCAUUUGAUAAAGUGCACGAAUCAGAGGUUGUGGAGACAUUGCCAAAAAUUGAAGAUCUUAAAAUAGGUACCAAACCCAAAGCAGAUACUGAUAAUUACCAGUCGGGGAUUCGUGCGUAUGAGCCAGCUGCGCAACCUGCCGUGAAAACUGAGGUCGCCAUGGAAUCUGAAACUGUAGGGAAUGCUAGUAAAACUUCAGAAAGCGAAUGCCCAUUUUCUCCAGGGGCAUGGUUUAAUCCAGAAAAAUUGCAUCCAGUUGUUGCAGAAUAUAUAUAUUGGAGAGAUCCAAAGAAAAGUGGUAUAGUUUUUGGUGCAAUUGUGGUCUUGCUUCUUUCUCUGAAAUAUUUUUCAUUUAUAAGCGUUGCUGCAUAUCUGACUUUGGCUUUGCUUUUUGUCACCAUUUCCUUCCGAAUUUAUAAAAAUAUUUUACAAGCUGUCCAAAAGUCCAAUGAAGGACAUCCUUUCAAAGAGUAUUUGGAAGUGGACAUUACUUUAUCACAGGACAAAGUUAGUGAAACUGUUGAAACGUUAAUUCAUCAUGUGAAUUGUGUUACUGGCAAAUUACGAAGUUUAGUUCUUGUGGAAGAUCUUUUUGACACAUUGAAGCUGCUAGUAUUGGCUUGGUGCAUGACGUAUGUUGGAGCAUGGUUUAAUGGACUGACUCUGAUUAUCAUAGCUUUUGUAUCCGUGUUCACUUUGCCGAAAGUCUAUGAAACUAAUAAGGCCCAGAUUGAUGUUUAUGCUGAACUUGUUCGCACAAAAGGAAAAGAAAUGAUUGAAAUGGUUAAUGCCAAAAUGCCCUUGGGCAAGAAGAAGAAAGAACAGUAAAAUUUUACCAUUCCUUUUCAACCCUUUUUAUAAUGGAAGGCAGAAAGUUGCAUGUUGUGUACUUAUGCGAAAGUCACGCUUGACUAAACAGUGUUGUAACUAGCCACUUUCGUAGAUAGAUAUUGAAAACACCUUUUCUUUUCACUUCCCCUGCACUAAAAAAGAUGUUUAAUACAUGAAUUUUUUAAACAUUUAUAUUUGUUUUUCUAAGAUGUAAAUGCAAAGCUGUUUGUAUACUAGUGUAAAUGCUGUUUGUGAUUCAAUUUUUUGAAUUUAAUGAAUUAGUCCUGUUGUCAGCUUUCAAGAUUAGUGAUUUAUCAUUGUGAUAUCAUCCAAAUGUGAUUUGUGUGUAUUACAUUAUAUUCUGGUUCUUCACUGUAUAAUCAUGUAAAACUUGUUUCUUAUUGCAUAAUAUGUUAAAACUUUUCAGGAAUUCUCAGCUUGUUAAAUGUUAACUAAAUUUUUUUGUCUAAGCAUGUUAAAAAACCUAUUGUAGACAUCCUUAACAAUUAAAUAAAGUUGGCUUGUUAUACACUUCAAAAGA